GAUGGCUGAACCAUCGAAUCCACACAAUGUGGAGGGUGAAAACCCUGAACAGCCGAUAGUGGCUGAGGAAGAAGACGAGGAUGAUGAUGUGAAUGUUCCCGGUGGUGGGUUACCGGUGUUAAAGUGGACAAAAGGUAGUUUUAAAACCCUGAUGGCCACUGUUCAGAUGGCCAAAGACUGGAAUGCUACUUACCCACAAGUGGGGGACACCGGUGCCGAUGCUCCGGCCGGUUAUAUAACCUUGUGGGCGGAUUUUUUCACCCACGGUAAUCUUAGGUUGCCGGUGACGGUGUUUGUGGCGGAGGUAUUGGAGUAUUAUCACCUCCAUAUCUCCCAGCUUAGUCCUUUCGGAAUGUUCCGAAUUCGGAAUUUUGAGUACACAUUCCGUGCCCAUGGCCUGCCCAUUUCAGUGGAGAAUUUCCGGCGUUUCUACCAGUUGACGGUGAACACCGGUUUUUUCUCGUUCACUCAAAGGCAUGGGAGUCUGAAGUUGAUGACACCCCCUAAGGGUGUGACAGGCUGGAAGAAGAGGUUCUUCUACGUGAAAGCCUGUGCGGUCUAUGCUAACAUGUCUUUCAGGAACGUCGAUGUUGGAGUUUCCGAUGAAGAUAUUCCUGUUGCUUCCGCAAAGACCGCGGACUGGUUCUCUAGGCUGCGGCCUAUUGAACUCAGGAAGUUGGAUAAUGACCAACUAUGGAUAUUGCGGAUGAUGCUCUCUAGACCGGAUAGGAAGGAAAGACCCGUGUUGCGGGAACAGGGUGGUGCGGAUGCGGUUGGCUUGUGGAGGAUGUUUGAGCCUGAUUUCAAGGGCCAGGUUGAACUGAUCGCGGUUGAGCUGAAGAAAGGUUUCAACCUUGAAAUUCUGAAAAACUUCCGCGUACCAUCAAAAGCGGUGCUGGAAGCCCCGGUUCCGGGAGACUUUAUUUUUUUUUUUUGA